AAAAUUAAGAUGAAAUAAUUGACCUAAUAAAUUGAGGUUGAACCUUUUUGUUUGGGGUUGAAACGCGUGCGCAUUUGGGGCGUCCGGCCCUUCCCCUAUCGGGUACGGUGGUAGAUUUUCAAGCGUCGCGACGUCAGUCGACGCGAAAUCCCGCGAAAGACAAUGAGGCGUCUUUUUAUUCAACAAACGUCGGUUACAAACCGAAACGUAUACUCACAAAAUGUGAACGGGUUCCGGUAGAAACAAAAAACUUUUACGACCUUCUUCUAUAAUCUAUAAUCUUCGCGUAAGAACAUCGGGGAAACAUCCUGAAAGUGUUUUUUUCAGGCGGAGAUCCCCACCUUUUUUUCCCCAGUGAGAGAACGUUACUGAAACGUUAAUCAAUUAAAACUGUUUUUCUUCUUGAAUUUAUAAUUUUUAAAUUGUUUUUAAUGUUAAAGGGAAGGUUAGAAAAAGUCUUAACAAUGGAGAUGUGGUAUUUCCUCCUGUUUUUAUUACAUUUGGUCACGCCUGAAGUAAUUUACACAAAUCAAUUUGCCGUUCAUGUUCCGAAAGGUGAAGAAGAAGCUAAUGAAAUCGCAAGAAAAUAUGGGUUUAUUAAUACUGGGCAGAUCGGCAGUUUGAAAGGAUUUUUUUUAUUCGAGCACGAACGUGUUAACAAACGAUCAACACAACCCCACGAUGGACAUCAACGGCUACUUUCAAAAGAAACCGAGAUCAAAUGGUUUGAACAACAACACGAAAAGAAACGGUACAAAAGAGAUGUGGUCACUUCUGAACGGUCGAGGUCGUCGUCAAUGACAACUAUUUCACCACCAACUAAAUUGGGUCACUCCAUCCGAGCUGCUUCUACCAUAGAUACGUUUCCCGAUCCUUUAUUUCCGGAACAAUGGUACCUGAAUUCUGGUGCCAAAGACGGUCUCGAUAUGAACGUGGGAAAGGCUUGGAAGAAAGGAUACACCGGAAAAGGGGUUGUCGUUUCCAUUCUUGAUGAUGGCAUCCAAACGAAUCAUCCGGAUUUAGCUCAAAAUUAUGAUCCUUUAGCUAGCACGGAUAUAAAUGGAAAUGAUGAUGAUCCAACUCCUCAAGAUAAUGGUGAUAACAAACAUGGGACAAGAUGUGCCGGGGAGGUUGCAGCUGUUGCUUUUAAUCAAUAUUGUGGGAUUGGAGUUGCUUAUAAUGCUAGUAUUGGAGGUGUAAGAAUGCUGGAUGGUGUAGUUAACGAUGCGGUUGAAGCGAAAGCUUUAGGUCUUAAUCCGGAACAUAUCGACAUUUACAGCGCAUCUUGGGGCCCAGAAGACGAUGGAAAGACCGUCGACGGACCCGGUCCUUUAGCAAAACGUGCUUUUAUUUAUGGCGUAACAAGCGGAAGGAAAGGGAAAGGUUCAAUUUUCGUGUGGGCCUCCGGAAACGGAGGUAGACACAUCGAUUCUUGUAAUUGUGACGGUUACACAAAUAGUAUUUUUACUUUAAGUAUAUCGAGCGCUACUCAAGAAGGUUAUAAACCUUGGUAUUUAGAAGAAUGUUCCUCAACAUUAGCGACAACUUAUAGUUCAGGAACACCUGGUAGAGAUAAAAGUAUUGUAACCGUUGAUAUGGAUCCUAGGCUAAGACCGGAUCAUAUGUGUACGGAAGAUCAUACAGGAACAUCAGCUUCGGCUCCUUUAGCUGCGGGAAUUUGUGCGUUAGCUUUAGAAGCUAACCCAACAUUGACUUGGAGAGAUAUUCAGUAUUUAGUUUUGUUAACAUCUCGAUCUACUCCGUUAGAAAAAGAACCUGGUUGGAUAACGAAUGGGGUUAAACGAAAAGUGAGUCAUAAAUUUGGUUAUGGUUUAAUGGACGCUGGAGCUUUAGUAAACUUAGCUGAAAUUUGGACAACAGCUCCUCAACAACAUAUUUGUAAAAGCCAAGAAUUAAUUGAAGAUAAACCCAUUGAAUCAACGUUAAAAUCAACUUUAACACUUCAUAUGGAUGUUAACGCUUGUAAAGGAACAUUAAACGAAGUGAGAUAUUUAGAACACGUUCAGUGUAAAGUAUCUUUAAAUUUUUUUCCGAGGGGAAAUUUAAAAAUUUUAUUAACAUCCCCAAUGGGAACAACGUCAAUUUUAUUAUUUGAAAGACCGAGGGAUAUCGUAUCAUCAACCUUCGAUGAUUGGCCGUUUUUAAGCGUUCAUUUUUGGGGUGAACAAGCAUUGGGAAGAUGGACUUUACAGGUUAUUAAUUCGGGGAAUAAAUUAACCGAUCGAGCCGGAGUUUUUAAAAAGUGGCAAUUGAUUUUAUACGGAACUCAAAUGAAUCCGGUUCGAGUUAAAAAUAAAAAUGUAAAUGGAAACGAUGAAAGGAAUAAAAUCCAACCUUACUAUGUGAAUCGGAAUUAUUUAAAAGACAAUUAUUAUAAUACCAAAGAAUUUAGGCAGGAUAAAUAUUUUAAUGGGAAUGAAAGGGAGAAUUCAAUUAAUGUUAUUCAUAUUAAAAGCAAAAAUGGCGAGAUUAGAAGUAGUUGCCACGAACAAUGUGAUGAACAAGGAUGUUUUGGACGUGGACCUAAUAAAUGUAUAUCAUGUAGAAAUAAACGAAUUAAUAAGACUUGUGUGAGUGUGUGCCCGCCUAGAACAUACGCAAACAACGAUGGUUUUUGUAAUCCGUGUCAUGAAUCUUGUUUUACAUGCACCGGACCAACUCAAGAUAGUUGCCAAACUUGUUCACCCGGAUAUUUAUUAGUUAUCGAUUUAGAAAUAUGUAUCCAACAAUGCCCGGAUGGUUAUUUCGAAGAUUUAAACGAAAAAAUUUGCAUUUCUUGUCAACCUAAUUGCGCCAGUUGUGAAGGAAGACCUGAUAGUUGCAUAAGAUGUGAUUAUAAUCUCAUUUUAUUCGGAAAUAAAUGCAUGGGAAGUUGUCCCGCGAAUACCUUUCAAACGGACGAUCACAGUUGUGGGUUGUGUCAUCAAUCUUGCGAGACUUGCCAUGGUUUAAAUAGUUCCCAAUGUAUUUCUUGUAACGAGGGGAAAUUUUGGCAUGACGGGCGUUGCGUUAACGAUUGUCCGGCUCAUCAUUAUGGAGAUCCUAACCAACGGGAAUGUAUUGAAUGCUCACCUGGGUGUUCGGAAUGUAAUAAAACAACUUGUUUAUCGUGUUUAGAAGAUUGGCAAAUUAAUACAAACGGGAGAUGUGUUCCACAUGAUAGCGACCGAUGCGAUAGUGAUCAAUACAACGAUGGGGGAAGUUGUAAACCCUGCCACUCAACUUGCGAAACUUGCGAUGGCCCAACAGCUCACGCUUGUUUAUCUUGCUCGCAACCUUUCAUUCUCCAAGGUACUAAAUGCGUAUCAACUUGCGAUAGCGGAUUUUUCCAGGAUAAAAUUCUUCGGUGGUGCAUUCCGUGUCUUCACACUUGUUCGGAGUGCGAAUCAAAAUCGAAUUGUACUUUAUGCACAACCGGGUUACAACUUCAAAAUGGGGAGUGUUUAUCGACUUGUUCAAGGGGUUACUACGAAGAAAAAGGAGUUUGCGAAAGAUGUUACAUGAGUUGUGACACAUGUUUAGGCCGGGAUUAUAAUCAAUGUAUCACAUGUCCAUAUGGUUGGCAGCUUAUAUCCGGUGAAUGUCGCCCGGAUUGUUUGGAAGGAUAUUAUAAAACGGAAUAUGGGUGCCAAAAAUGUCAUGUCGCUUGUUCUAAUUGUCCCGGUUGCGAAACUCAAACCGAUAAAAGAAAAAUUAACCUGGAAACUUAUGUAGUAUCCGCUCAAGAUGUUUCCGCUUUGGAACUUGUAAAUCCAUUCGGAUUCGUUACGGGAUUAGCAGCAAUCGCGUGUUUGUGUAUCAUAAUUUUAUUUAUGAUUAUCUUUUUAGUUUUACAGAGAAAUAGUGCGCAAUCAAGAAGAAAAGGUUAUAGUCGAGUUUCGAUUAAAAAACCAAAAAUAACUUGCAACUACCACGUCGUCGCUGUGGCCGAUGCGGAUUCAACCGAUUCCGAUGACACUUGUGAAGAACACAAUUUAAUUACUCAGCCGAAAAUAAAAAGAACGACUUGUUAAAAAAAUUAAUUUAAUUAAUUAGGCGUUAACCGUCCUAAAAUGUAGCAAAAAAAGUUUUAGUCUGAACAAAAUUUUAAAUAAAAUACGGGUUUUGUUAAUUAAUUAAAACGAUUAAAACUUCAAAGUGCGCUUCGAGGUCAAUAUUUUGAUGAUUUUGGGAAAUAUUAAUAAAAAUUUUUAAAAGGAACCAAAAAAAUAUUACAAUUUUGUUGAUGAAUUUAAAUAAAUUCGAUUUAUAAUAGUUACAGCCGUAAUUAUAACAAGGAAUUGCUAUAAAUAAUUUUAAAAGUUUAUAAUUAUGGCUGUAUUUAUUUAUGGUUGUUAAUAAAAAAAAAAUAAAAUCAUAUAUGUAUAAUAGUUUAUCUAUAUACACACGAACAAUACGAUUAAAUAAAUUAAAGGCGAAUUAUUAAUAAAAAAUUAACGCAAAAUAAGAAAAUUUAAAACAAUUAUUAAAAAUUAACGUACAUAAACAUAAUAAAUAUAUAUUACAUAAUAUGAGAAUUUAUACACAAUUACGUCAAAUUUAUAAAAUUAUGGUAAAAUAAUAAAAAAAAAUAUGUGUGAUGUUAUUCCGAUCGGAUAAUUAAUUAUUAAAAAUUAUUAUUGUACAUGUUGUUGUACAUGAUAGCUACAUGUGGUAAGUGUAAAAUUUUAAUGUGAUAUGACGAAAUAUAAUUUUUCAUACAAUAAA